CAAUGCAUGUACAUAUUUUAUUUUAUGUGUUUGGAAAAUUUAAACAAUUAUGAACGUAUUACUUACGAAUAAAUAAAGCUGUUGAUGAAAGAGUAUUUUUAUUAUUUUAAUCCAUUUUUAGUGUUUUAUUCAUCUAAGAUUUGUGGAAAUGGAUCAAGAACAGGUUAUAGAAUUGAAUGUUGGAGGAAAACUGCUCACGACGCAUUAUUUUACCUUGAUGAAAGAAUCUCCAACGAGGUUGUCUAAGAUGUUUGAAAAUCUAGAAAAGAUUCCACGUGAUAAACAAUGUCGUUUCGUCAUCGACUUUGACGGAGAUAUAUUCGUGCAUGUUCUCAACUAUCUACGGACUGGUUCUCAUCCCCCAAAGGAUAAAGUUUUAGAGGUAUAUGAAUGUGCCGAGUAUUUCGGUAUCAAAUCCAUGGUUGAAGCUUUGAGGUUUUACCAACCUGUUGUACGCAAGAAUGAGAUAACAGAAUUGAAGAAAAGCUUCAACAACGAACAAUAUGAAGUAUUAAAACAACACGCUGUGGAAACCCUAAAUGGAAUGUUCCAUCCGGGGAAAAUAACUUUUUUUGUGUUUGUCACUUCGCCAAACAACUGCUCACAGAUCUAUCAAAAUAAUGGCAAGACGUAUGUACAUUCGUUUUCGUUUCAUAAUCCAUGUUUGAUUGUAAAACCUUUAUUUCUUCACUUAGAAAAGUUCGCAUGUGGUUUACUUCUGUCAAGUAUCACUGAAGAACCGAAAGUAAUAAGAUGCCUUGGGUACGAUCUGUGUGAACUAGGCUUUGGUAAUAUUCCAUAUUAUUCAUUAAUUCAAUUAAACUGUAAAAACUGUGGGUCUUUUCAAGCCAAAAUACUUUACCUUAGACAAAAGCUUUUACAGGAACGUGAUAAGAACGAGAACUACUGGAAGUCAUACAUAAAGUUACAGAACUGUAAAGUGAGUGGCUUACAUAAAGCAUUUAUUUAAAACUAUAAACUAAAUUUUUGGUUUUGGUGAUUUUUUCAAUAUACACAAGAGCCAUGUUAGCAUGCCCAUCCCCCGCCAAUGUGUUUGCUCAUUGGAAGAAUGUGCAGAAUAAUUCAAUAAAAGAGGUUUUUUUGGUAAUGAAAACUGAUGGCUGAAGUGAUUACAGAUUUGAAACCUAUGUGAAUACUGAUGGCUGAAAAUAACAAAGGCCAAUAACUGAAAACAAUGCGGGGUAGGUUAUCAUUCAUGUGUGCUGCACUCCUCCUCAAUAAGAUCUAUCCACCUACGAAGUUUGAUGUUGACAUGUCAAAGACUUUUUGAGAUAAGCUUCGGACAAAAAUGUUGGUCGAAAGGACAGACGGACGGAGAUUUUUUCUAUAGAUGUUGAAUUGAACUUGAAUAAGUGUAUUGUCUAAAUGUUUAUAUGAAUGAAAAUGUUUUAUAUAAUUACGCAUUUAAUCAUUAAGGUAACGCUGAUUUUGUGGACGAAGCACUGAUGACCACAUAUACAAUGAAUGCUUCCUUACAGUAUUAUACUAUAAAAAAUUAUUUCGACAACAUUUUCAAAAAAUUAAUAAACAAUCAAACGAGUUUUUGUAGAGGAAAAAAAAAAUACUAUUACACUUUAGUUGCUUAAUUUCAGUAUUUUACUCGUAUAUAACAAUUAAUUCUACAAUGAUUACAAAAAUAUAAACAAUCAAUUGAAUUUUU